CUAGGCCGCGCCGUAAACUACCGAAUAUACCGAACAGUCGUGUUCCGGCUUCGGGUCAAAUCUAUUUGCGGCCAGGGAAGUGUUUUUCAUCAGCUGCCUUCUUUCUUUCUGAAGUCCCCUCCCACGCGACCACAGGAUAAUUUAACCUAUCAUCGUGUCAUGACAGUCUUCUUCUCUUAUACUCUUGCCCUAUCUUCUUGAAGAAGGUCAGUUUCAUGGAUGAUGGACAUGGAAAAUUAAAGAUAAUCUCUGAUCACUUUCAAGCUCCAACAUCAAGCGAAGAAUCUCUUGAAAACAGAACACCAUCAAUUUCAGAACCUGGAACUGAUAAAUCUUUGAGGUCUCAUCAUCAUCAUCAUCUGUGGACUCGUAGUAAAUUAAGAUCUGCUUUCAUGUUGAAAUUGUUUAGUCUACGGGGCCUGUCAUGGGGUUCUAGAAGUGGUGGUCAGGAAAAGGUUGAGCUAACAACUGCAGAAAUAGAGUCUCUUCGAUCAGAAGUUGCUGAUAUAGAGGAGAGGGAAGCCCACUUGAAAGCUCAGUUGGAACAUAUUGAUGAGAUUUUGCGGUCUGCUCGUCUCUCUGGCUAUCUUUACAUUCGAACGAGAUGGACCGCACUACCAGGAGAACCUCCACCCAUAGAUGAUACUGAUGUAGAUGAUUGGCUUCCUCGCUUUAUUGUUCUCCAUGGGGCAUGCAUAUUCUUAUAUUUGUCAUGUACAGAUCUUAGCCCACAGGACUCCACCCUUUUAUCUGAUGUUGUUGAAGUUGGGCGCUUACCAAGUAUAAAACGUGAGGAUGAUGAGGUACACUAUGCCUUUUAUAUUCUAACUCAUCAAGGACUACGGUAUGAGUGCUCAAGCAGUUCUAAAAUUCAGAUCGAUUCUUGGCUAUCUGCUUUACAAACUGACUGCAAAUUGGAGCUUGAUACAUCAGUCCCUAAUGGUUCAGUCAACAAGUAACACAAUGUACAGAAUGUUUGGUUCAGGUUGGCUUAAUGCACUUGACCUGAAUUAUCUACUCCAUCUUCCUAGUUACUAGACAUUAUACUUCCAAAAACGACAAGGCCUACAGAAGAUCCAUAUUUGCCAAUGGGUAUUUUUAAGGGAAAAUCAUAAUCAAAGACUACUAAGGAUAAUUAAUUGCGUUGCAAAAUUAAAUGAUUCUAAUAUUGGUCUACAGGAUCAAAGGAUCUAAAUAUAAUUAAAACUUGUUAUGAAAAGAUAAUACUAUCCCUUAUAUAUUUAUUGUGAUGGGGAAAUUGAUUAUUGUUAAAUAAAAAUUAAACUUAUUUUUUUCUUAAAUAGAGACUUGUUUACCAGAUUAUAAUAAUUUCUUUUUAUCAAGUUAAUAUUUUAGAUUGUUAACGAAGGAAUUGAUUGUUGUUAAAAUAAAAAUGAAUUUUUUUUAAAUGGAGAUUUGUUUAUCAAAUCACAACAUUUGUUCUUCUUUACUACCAGGUUAAAUUUUUUGAAGUUAUUAUUAAGAGAAUUGAUUACUAUUAAAAUAAAAAUAAGACUUGUUUUUUCUUGAAUGGAGACUUGGUCACUAAUCGCAACCCUUGUUUCUCCACCACCAAGUUAAUUUUUGGGCUAAUGAGUAAAUAGGAUCUUGAACUAUUAUUCAAAAAUCUCCUUAGACCUUGAACUCUUAAAAUAUACAAAAUAAAUCCUAAGCAAAAUAAACUCUAACCGUUAACUUUUUAAUACCGUUACUAUCCACGCAUGUAUUGUUUAGGGUGUAUUUUCUUACGAAUUUAACCCUAUUUGUUACAGUACUUGUAUGGACAGUAACGGUGUUAAAAAAGUUAACGAUUAAGGUUUAUUUUGCUAUGAAUUUAAAAGUUUAAGAUUUAUUUUGUAUAUUUUAAGAGUUCAGGGUCCUAUUUGCUCAUUAACUAUUAAUUUUUUAGAAUUAUUAAUAAAGGAAUUGAUUGCUAUUAAAAUGGAAAUAGGACUUUUUUUUUGAAUGAGGAGUUGUUUUUAAAGGAGUGUAUAUACUCUCUUUGGUCCUAUUUAUAGGGUAGAGACAGGAUGUUUUUUUGUCUUAUUUAUAAGUCACCUCAUUGUAUUUUCAUUAUGAAUUUUUCCAUUUAACCUCCAUUGAAUGUUGGAAAGAAAGAAUACAUUGUUAAAAUAUGUAUAUUUAAUAGGGGUAAAGUUGAAAAAUUAUUAAAUUUUUAGACAAAAUUAAUGAGUUUUAAAAUUUUUCUUAAUUAUGAUGAAACAUGUUGAAAGUGCCUUAUAAAUGAGACUAGAAUAGUAAACAUAUGAGGGAUAGUUUUGUCUUUUCAUAACAAAUUUAAUUCAAUUUAGGUCAUUUGGUCCUGUAGAUUAAUAUCAAAAUUAUUUGAUCUUGUAGUGUAAUUAAUUAUCUUUAG